AUGGUUACUACUACUACUACACCACCAACAACAACAACAACAACAAGUGCAACUUCAACUACAACUACAAUAAGCGAGAACAACACCAACACGGUCAUUAAUCAAUUACCAACUGAACAUAGAGACACUAAACACCCGCAACCCUCAAGACAGGAGAUUAUAAACAACUUGUUAGAAUUAGCCAGACAAGAACAAGCCAAAGGCAAUACAUCUGUUACUUCGGAUAAAUUGGAUAAACUUCAAAGUGUACUACAGAAUAACAGUCCCGGUAGCAGAAAAUCUCCAUUCUUACUGAAGGGCAGUAACAGUUACAAUUUCGACAAGUAUCAACGAUUUCAACAAGUUCCAACUCGUAAUUCCACAGGUAAAUACGCAAACCACAAAAUAAAACCCAAAUUCCCACCCAUCUUUGAUAAGUUUGAUAUCGAAGAGUCUGUAUCAAAAGCAGGACCCACUUCAUCUUCUACAACAUCACCAUCAGGUCCCGCUGAAGCAAAGAAACAAGACUUGAUUACUAUAUCUAAAAAGAACAAGAACCUUAGAAAGAAGAUAGGAGGCAAGUUUUACCAAGCUAAAAAGUUCACUUUGAAGCAGCUUGAAUUUAUGUUUAUCAAUUUCCUUGAAACCAUCGCCAACCUAUUGGACAAUUUACAUCUACUUUCGAAUUUGCCAAUGUUCCCUCAAGCUUUGACAAAAUUGUUGAAACAAACCAAUAAGUUAUGGGUGUUGAUACUUGUGUUUUUGAUAAGGAAAACUAUAUCCCAAUUAUUGAAUGUUGUACGCAAAAUUAGAAAAGUUGAUACUGAAUUGAAAAUUGUCAACAACAACAGCAACAACAACAACAACAACAACAACAUCGGCAAUGUUGGUGAAAAGAUGUCCAAUGCUUCUGUCUUUUCCAAGCCUAUCAAUGAGGAUAUUAAUCGAAAAUAUAACAAGAUCUUGAAAGAUUUAAAGUUUGAUAAAAUGAUGCUUAUAUUUGAAUUGGUGGGUAAUUUCCUUGAUUUGACUUUUAAUCUUAUUGAGUUGAGUGAGGUUGCAGUACCCAAUUGGAUUAUGAGUGGAUUGAAUGUUGCUAGUAUGGGCAUGACUAUUUACAGAAUGAAUAAAGACGAUGAGUAUAUAGACGAUGAUAUCACGGAGGAUUUGAUCUAG